UCCUUAAAAAGGUGACCAUAAACCUUCAUGAUAAACACACACCAACUUCACAAUCUUCAAAAAUCUCUCCUUAUUAAACUUUCUUCUCCAAAAAUCCUCUUCUUUUUUGUAUUACAAAUUCUCAAGAAGAAAAAUAAUUAAACCGAUGUGGCGGUUGGCGGCGGCAGUUAGAAGAAACCUCCACAACAUAAGGAAGAGCCCACGAGUGGCAGAUGAAAGCAUGUACGGCGGCGGAGUUGACGGUGGCGGAAGGGUGGGGGCGGUGGUGGACGGUGACCGAAGAGAAGGUAAUUCAUAUGGGUUUUCUAUGAUUUACAGCCUUCUUCGAACCCCAUUUUCGAUUCUGUCUUGCUUUUCUCAACCACACGUUAAUGGGGUCGACGGGAUGUGGGUCUCCGGCGAGUUUCCAAGAAUCUCGGAAGUUAAUCAUCUUAUGGUAAGCGACAGCAUGAGAUAUGCAAUAUUAAUGUAAAUAAAAUAAAUAAAUGGGGUUUCUUCCUCCUCUGUAGUAAUUUCGAUUGGAUCUGGUUUUCAAAAAGAGUCACAAAUCGAAUGCUAUAGAAUUAUUAAUUGGUAUCAUAUACUUUGAUCGGUUUUACUUUUUCUUUUUUCUUUUUUGUUUCCUUUUUGUGUUAGAAUAUUGUAUAACAAAUUGUGGGUGUGUAACGUUACAGUCAGUUAUGCUUGAAUUGACGGUUUAAAAUUGACUUGAAUUUUGAAAUUUAGUGAUCUUAUAUGUACGUAUAUGUUCUUGUAUACAAUAAUGUAUUAGUUCAAAAGUUACACAAAAGAGUUUGAAUGUAAUAA